UCCCGCGACCUAGUACUACUACGCCACUUCCGCCACUGUUCAUACAUUGUUUGAAACGUGUUUUAAACGUUUUUGUUAACAACACUAACGAAAAGUGUUGAUCUAACGAAAUAAACAUGAGCAAAGCACACCCACCCGAGUUGAAAAAGUUUAUGGACAAGAAGCUUUCACUGAAGCUCAAUGGUGGCCGUCAUGUUCAGGGCAUCUUGCGUGGAUUUGAUCCCUUCAUGAAUCUGGUCGUGGAUGACUCUAUAGAAAUGGCUCCUGGAGGACAAAUGAACUCUAUUGGCAUGGUGGUGAUCAGAGGAAACAGUAUAAUCAUGUUGGAGGCUCUUGAACGAGUAUAAGGAUGAUGCCCUUUUUCUUUUCCUGUAUUUGUUUUUUUUUUUUUUUGUAUCCAGCAAAUGUGGAAAAAAUUUCUCAUUUAUGUUCACCACACUUUAUUAAAGCCGAACUCUUUGAUUCUGUUAAAGUAUUGUUUUAUAAACACCUUUCUUGUUUUUAUGUACAUUACUAUGUCUGUAGAAAUUUGUGUACACAAUUCAUACAUUUUUGUGAAUAAAUGGACUAUGGUGUGAUCAAUCCAAA